UGCGUGUGUGCGCGCAUGCGCAAUCCCGUCCCUCCUGCAGGAUGAUGAUGAUGUAAUGAACAGAACCAGCGCUUUAUGGCAGUUUUACACUUUAAUCCGGAUCAGUUUACAAACUCAGAUUUCUUUCUUUAUGAACUAAUCCGGAUCGAAUCUUUCUUCUGUCUGUACUAUGUUUAAGAGGAUGGCUGAAUUUGGUCCGGAUUCUGGAGGCCGUGUAAAGGGCGUGACCAUUGUGAAGCCCAUCGUGUUCGGUAAUGUUGCUCGGUACUUUGGUAAGAAGCGUGAAGAAGAUGGACACACACACCAGUGGACUGUUUAUGUUAAACCUUACAGAAAUGAGGACAUGUCCGCUUACGUCAAGAAGAUCCAGUUUAAACUACAUGAGAGUUACGGAAAUCCUUUGAGAGUGGUGACAAAGCCACCAUAUGAGAUCACAGAAACCGGAUGGGGAGAAUUCGAGAUCAUUAUAAAGAUCUUCUUCAUUGAUCCCAAUGAGAGACCUGUCACUCUGUAUCACCUGCUCAAGCUGUUCCAGUCCGACUCCAGUGCCAUGCCCAAGAAGACCGUCGUCUCUGAGUUCUACGAUGAGAUGAUCUUCCAGGAUCCAACAGCAAUGAUGCAGCAGCUAUUAAACACCACGAGGCAGCUCACGCUCGGGGCCUACAAACAUGAGACAGAGUUUGCAGAGUUGGAGUUGCGUACUCGGGAGAAACUGGAGGCGGCGAAGAAGAAGACAAGUAUGGAAAUUACUGAGCUGAAGGAAAAGCUAAAGGCCUCCAGAGAGAACAUCAACUUCCUGAAGGAGGAGAUCCGCAAACUGGAGGAGGAGGACCAGCUGAAGGAGCACUAAAGAGAACCACACACACACACACACACACACGCACACACACGCACACACCCACCCCUCGGGUGACACUAUGUGGACCUCUUCACCUUGGUGGACUUCAUGAACUUGCAUUUUAAAGUUUGAAUGCUUCUACACUGGAUGUAUGAACUGUUAAUGUUUGUGUAAACAGUGAGAACAUCUCCCUCAUGUGGAGAACGGAACAUGAAGCUCGUUUGUGUUGUACUGCAGAUCUGCCUUUCUGUAGGAGCUCCGAACUUUAGCACUGCAGGACCAUCAAAAAUUAUAGAUGACUUCUACUUUAUCCUACAGAUUAAGCCACUGAAUCUGGAAUGAUUGACAGUUGUAGCUGAAGCCCCGCCCCUUCCUGCAUCUCCUUGGACAGACAGAUGUGUUCCUGCGGCUCGUCGUUCUCUCUCUGAGCAAAUGGAGAGAGUUCAUUAAAGUUUGUUCAGUUAACUAAGCUUACAGACCUGUAACUAACACCAGUUCAGCUUAUUUAUUACAAAUGCAUGAAAAUUACAUCCAAAAAUGGUCAAAAGGUUUAAAACUAUUCCUGAAAGGUGGCAGAUCAAACGGUCGGCAAAGAACUUUAAAAGUGAUGAUAAUUAUAUCUCAUUUAUCUGGAAAUAUUUCACUGAAUCUCUGAGGAACUUUAAACAGGAGAUUUGUAAAUGAACUGUGUGUUAAAUCUCUCAUUAUGUGUUUUUAUUUACACACACGCACACACACACACACACCCUCUCGCUCCUGUGGACUGUCUGUCGUUCCUCCUGGUGCUCUUUUGCUCUGAGCUUCUUUUUUCUGUCUUGGUAUAAAAACCUGCUGGUUUUGCAUCAUUAGACGUGUAUUUACAGUGUGUGUUUACUGUAAAUGUGAUGUUUAAUAAUUAACUCCUGUACAGAUUUAUCUCUUAGUAGUUCUUGGUCCUGUAUAAAUAUAUUAGUGUGUGGCUUCAGUUUAUAAUGUCAUUAAAUUAUAGUCAGAGGAAACUCAUUUAAGGUAAUUGUCUGGUUCGCCACCAGAUGGCGGUGUGACACCACUGAAAUACACAGAGUUGAGCGUAAGGAUCUGUAUCUUCUGGAGGAACUACAGUGGAUGAGAUUGUGGAUUUUUGUUAUGAGGUAGAGCUGAUAACUGAUUCAUUUAUUUUGAGAAUGAAAUGUGAAGUAAAUGAAGAUUAAAAAAAAGUAACUGCA